UACGAGUCUAUGUCUAUUCUUUGAUAUGUUAUUGUAUAUCUAUUAAAAGUAUAUUUUGAUUUGUUUUUUCCAUUUAAUAGCUGAAAUGAGAAGUUGAAAAAUAUUGAAUUUUAGUAAAAUUGGUUGUUAUAUCACCAUAAUAAAAUGUUUCGUAGAAAAAGAAAGAGAAAAACCCUAUUUUAAAAUGAAGAACACUUAUAUUUACAACUGCAUUUUAUUUUAUACAGCAAUUACCUUCAUAAGUGCACAAAAUCACAAUGGAAAAACCACAGAGGAUAUUAUAGAAUCACCACUUUGUUGCAAUCUCACAACAGAACAUUUGGAAUUUAAUUAUAAUUCCAAAAUUAUUGAAAAUGAAUAUAUUGUUGUCUUCAAUGGAUAUUAUAAAAAUCAAGCUAGGGCAAAUUACAUUAAUACUGCAUUGAAUGCAUCUGGUAUACACAAAUGGGAAAUACUUGCCAGGAAGAAUCCUGCCAGUGAUUAUCCUAGUGAUUUUGACGUUGUAUUGAUAGAAGAUACUGAAAAGUUAGAAGGACUGAAUAUGCUUAAUGACCAUCCUGCCGUCAAACGAGUUACACCUCAACGCAUGGUCUCAAGAACAUUAAAAUUCAUUAGCCCUGAACAUGUUAGAUACGGCAGAAGUAGCUUGAAUUCAAAAGUGCAAUUCUGGCAAUCAACAGGUCGUCAUACAAGACGUUUGCUUCGAGCUAUUCCCAGACAAAUAACUUCAGUGUUACAAGCAGAUUCCCUUUGGAAUAUGGGAAUUACUGGUAAAGGCAUAAAAGUAGCUAUUUUUGAUACUGGACUGUCUAAAUCUCAUCCACACUUUCGUAAAAUAAAAGAUCGUACCAACUGGACAAAUGAGAAAACAUUUGAUGAUGGUCUUGGUCAUGGAACUUUCGUUGCGGGGGUAAUAGCUUCUAGUAAAGAAUGCUUAGGUUUUGCACCUGACUCAGAAUUACACAUCUUCAGAGUGUUUACAAACAACCAAGUAUCUUAUACCUCUUGGUUUUUAGAUGCAUUCAAUUAUGCAAUUCUGAAAAAAAUAAAUGUGUUGAAUUUGAGUAUUGGUGGACCUGAUUUUAAAGAUCAUCCAUUUGUUGACAAAGUUUGGGAAUUGACUGCUAAUCGGAUUAUUAUGGUGUCUGCUAUUGGUAAUGAUGGUCCUCUCUAUGGAACUCUCAACAACCCUGCCGAUCAAAUGGAUGUCAUUGGAGUGGGCGGUAUUAACUUUGAAGAUCAGAUUGCAAAGUUUUCUUCAAGAGGAAUGACUACUUGGGAAUUACCAGAAGGAUAUGGAAGAGUGAAGCCAGAUAUAGUUACUUACGGUUCAGCUGUGAAAGGAUCUCACAUAAAAGGUGGGUGUCGCAGUCUUUCUGGAACAAGUGUCGCAUCACCGGUAGUAGCAGGGGCUGUAACACUCCUAGCUAGUGGGGUCUUACAUCGCGGGGAAGUCAUAAAUCCUGCCAGUAUGAAACAAGCUCUCAUGGCAUCAGCUAGGAGAUUACCUGGAGUGAAUAUGUUUGAGCAAGGCCAUGGAAAACUGAAUUUGAUGAAAGCUUAUCAAAUACUAAACAGUUAUAAACCACAA